GAACCUUCUUAUUUAUAUGAUACAGUUUCUCGAGAACCACUUCCUCUUUUUUCACUUCCAGUCCAGCCCAACCCAAACCGAGAAGUUGACCGAUACUGCCUGCGUGACCCUAUCGGGUACACCCGUUCUGGUUCUAGUCGCUCGUCAGGUCCCAAACAAUAUACAAGACUACUUACGUCCACUUGCCAGCGCUGCUCCGCAAUCUGACUCUUUUUUCUCCUUCGGCCGUUCCAUUCUCAAUUCACUGCUUCUUCCUUUCUUUGGGUCCGAGGAUUUAUGAACCCUCGAAACCCGAGUAAACAUUCGUCCGAGUCCCCAAUGCAUGACUUCCAGCAGUUUAACUCGGCUGCGAUGGUGGGACUUGCCCAAGCGUCUGCAGGCGACAACUUUGACAUCUUCCAAUGGCACCCUCGAUACCAAAACUGCCAGCGAUACUUCCUAGAUCAUGCGCAACACAGCGAUGCGGUCCAAGCACUUUCCGCUUUUCUGAACAUUCGUCUCCCAUUUCAAUGGCAGUCGAACCCUGUCGUAAAUUCUCACGCCGACCCAUCACGAUCCGCCGCUAGCCAGUCCUCUGCAUCCUCACCUGCCUCGAAUCUACCUCCCUCUGUUUCAUUGAUUCCAUACAUCCGCCGCCUGGUGGCCACGGGAAUGGAUUUCCCUGGCGUGUUACAUGGGUUUUUCGGAGACGAAUGGGGUGCGGGCAUUGGACCUUUGCACGAGCAGGAACGGCGCAAUUACCUCUUCGCCGCGAAGAGUGGUGGUUGGGCGGCCGUGAAAAAGGAUUACGAUAUGCCUCCGCUCGAGACAAUUCCGUUCCUACGUCCCUUACAGGGACCGCUAGAUUCGGAGAUUGAGGCGGCGGAGCGGAGUUGGAGCGAAUGGCUUGCCAUGGAAGACUGGAUGGUUGGGCCUCGAGCGCCUGACAUUCUUCGAGACUCAUCCUCACAAACUUCACGACAUCACAGCUCACGAGGGUAAUAAAUCAUUAUAGGGUGCUCGGGCUUUUCUUUUUCUGUCUUUUCUUUUUAUUCUUUUCUGCCGCCUUUUGCUAUUUGGCUUUUUCUGUCCUAUUCACACUGCUUUAACCCAACACUAGCCACGCUGGCGGUAGCACGGAGUUGGUGAGUCUCAUAGCAUGAGAUAACGAUCAUACGAUAUCUUGAAUCAUGAGCGCGAUAGACAUCGCAGGUCCACAUAAUGGUGUUCCGGCUUCAAUUAUUGAGGGAGCCGUGCGAACACCUCGCAAGGGGCCAAAGAUACCAUACCACAGAACAACAAUUGAAAUAAAACAUCCGAAAAGAUUCAGUGAAACCAAUUAAUCAAUCAAACAUUCAUCCCUUCUUAGCCCCUAUUCAGCCAUGAACGCGUUAUCCAGAAAGGAAAACCUGCUUCAGGUAGAGCAGGUAGGGUACCUGACAGUCCCACCGCCACCCCCCUGCGCGUCGGGUAGCAGCUCCGAUAGUCAUG